CCCCGCCCUUGGUCCUCCGCGUCCCACUAAAGCGAUUCCAGCUCCUGUCGGGAUUCCUCCCCGCGUUCACGGAUGGCAACAUGGCGACAGAGUUCCACAACCUGCAGGAGUUGAGGCACAGCGCGUCUCUUGCCAACAAGGUUUUCAUCCAGAGGGACUACAGCGAAGGGACCACAUGCAGGUUUCAGACCAAGUUCCCGUCGGAGCUGGAGAGCAGGAUUGAACUGACUCUGUUUGAGGAGACUGUGAAGACACUGAACAACUUCUAUGCAGAAGCAGAAAAGAUCGGAGGCCAGUCGUACCUGGAGGGCUGUCUGGCGUGUGCCACGGCUUACCUCGUCUUCCUCUGCAUGGAGACUCGCUACGAGAAGGUGUUGAAGAAAAUAGCAAAGUACAUUCAGGAGCAGAACGAGAAGAUCUAUGCUCCCAGAGGUCUGCUUAUCACUGAUCCCAUCGAAAGGGGGAUGCGUGUUAUCGAGAUAUCCAUCUACGAAGACCGGGGUUCCAGCGGCUCCAGCUCCAGCAGCAGUUCGGUGUCUGGCAGCACCGCUCGAUGACCGGGCGCAGAGCUCUCCCUGCAGGAAAACCUAGGACAAUAACAGCACUCACGUUCCAACAGCCUUCACAUCACAUUCACGUUCACGCCGAGCGCUCACCAGCCUCCACGGCGAUGUUUGUCACCUUGACCUGUCAUCACACAGUUGCUCCACAGUAGUCAAAACACGCACUUUAGCCGCCUCAAAGAUGUGAACAGGUAACAUUCACCUCAGACAGGACUCACCCACUCAGUGUAACGGCAAGAAAUCAAGAUAAAGCAAGUGCCCCAACAAGGUACAAAUGCUUUUUUUUUUUUUGCACCACUUGAUAUGACACCAAUGCAGUUUGCUGGCUAAAGAAAACCACAUUUAUUCUUGAUUGCGUUUCAUGAACCAGUUUAGACCAAUUCCUUAUGCAAAAACCAGAUUUGUUGUAGCAUUGGAACCAACCUGGGGGGACCCCUAUUGGUUUUCAGAGACGAUACUGUACCUUUAACGUUAGACGAAAUGUGACCACAUUUACUCAAUGGGACCGAUCGGUCACCUUCCUGUUCGUUUAAGAACUAUCCUUUAUGGUCUAUGAAUGGGAUCUGUUGUCUACAUAUACAGAUACAUUUUCACCAUCUUUUCUUUCUGCUCUCAAAACAAAACAAAAAGAAAGAAAGAAAUAAAGAGUGAAAGGAAGAAGGAAAGGAAGAAGGGAAGAAAGAAAAAGGUGCCAAGCCAAGUAAAACCAUAAACUUCACUAAACCUUUAUACCUCAACUAACAUCCAGUAGGUACACAACAAAGCCCAGAUCCCUCACCAAUUAGAAGGCUUCAAAUCAACCCUUCACAUCAGAGGGUUUUUUUUUUUACGUCAGGUUUUCUGUUACUCAGCUUGACUCCAGAGGUAGCUGCAGUCAGUGUGACGCCACCGUAAAGUUCACUUGCCAAAAGCUCAGUAAACCAGGGUCGAGCAUUUCUUCCUGUUUUACCUCCGAUGUUUUCCACACUGCCUGAAAGCAGAUGAAUGUCAACCCACUUUAGUGUACCAUGUAGCAGAUCUUCUGUAUUUUUCACUCUUUACGCCUGCGUUUUCUUUGGUGGACAUGGAAAAACAUGAGAUCUACCCUGUUCCGUUUCAGCGGGAGAGGCAGACUCUUCCGAAGUGUAGAUUAUGCAAGGGCUCACUGUGAGUUAUGUCUGGUUGUGAGGAGAGAAAGAACAGGUCAAAACGUCUUCCUGAAUAUUACUGUCAUUUUAAAAAUACACCUGCCCAUCCUUGAUUCAAACUUCCAAAGAACCGUAACUGCCAAAAAGAAAAAAAACCCAAGAGGCUCAUAAAUGUGAAUGUCACUUUUAUUUUUGUGUUUUCAGAAAGUACAAGUUUUCAUACUGCUUGUUUACUACAUGUGGCAUAAAGGUCAAACCAAAAGGUGUCAAAUAAACUGUUUCAUCACGG